AUGCCAAGCAUCCUAAAGCAACUUCACUUCAAAGAAUGGAGGAAGAUGCAGCUGGAUGACCAGCCCACACCAGCAAGGGCACCGUUAGAUCCAGCAAUGAGUAAGUUCAAGGUGUCAAUUGACAAGAACAUAUACGAGGGUAACGCAUACAUCGUAGGCAUAAUAAUGGACAAGCUGUACGCACAGAAGGCGGACGAACCCAUUGCCAUACGAGCAAUCCACUAG